AUGUUCAGUUCCCCGGAUAAUUCACUACCCAUCUGGUUGGCCUACGAGCCGACAAUAGUCGCAGCGACCGCGCUGCAACGCGCGUCGAUCGCUCGCCUUUCUCUUUCCCCUCACGUUGUACCGCAAGGUUAUGCUGGGCUGGUGACGGUUCCGACUACACCCUUUACGAAAACAGGAGGCACUUAUGAUCUCUCCAAACUCACACAUAUUAUCAUCGACUCUGGAUAUGCCAAUGAGGUGGAUCAUCAUGGACAGACCUUGAUCCCGCCAACUCUGUCGGAAUUCGUGGAGACCUUCCAAGAGGACCUUAAAACAUCCUUGGGCCUGGAUCUCCAGCUUGUGAGCGGCACACAGCGGAGAGAAAAUACCGUCUUCGUGACCUUGGGAAAUAGCACCAGUUUUCGGGAUGCCGCAGGCCGAUGGACUUCGGAGGGAUAUGAUCUCAGGGUCGAUGACCACGGGAUUAUCGUGACAGGAGCCAGCCCCCUGGGUGCUUGGUGGGCGACGCGUUCCAUGAUUCAAGCCGCCGUGAAUGGUGACUCGGUUCUUGCCAAGGGUGCCGGCGCUGAUGCACCUGGAUGGGGCACCCGCGGUGUCUUUCUUGAUGCCGGCCGCCACUUCUAUCCUGCGGAUUUCCUGGUCGAGAUGUGCUCGUACCUCUCGUUCUUCAAGCAGAAUACCUUUCACGUCCAUCUGAGUGACAACCUCAAUAACAACGUGAAAGAGUAUUCCCGGGAGCGCUCGCUGGAACUGUACGCCGCAUUCCGUCUCUGGUCCGAAGACCCGGCCGUAGCUGGUCUCAAUCGCCGGCAAAACGAGUCUUACACCCGCGAGCAAUUCGACCACAUCCAGACCCAAUGCGCUAAGCGCGGCGUGACCAUCAUCCCCGAGAUCGAGACACCCGGCCACGCGCUCGUUAUCGUGCAAUGGAAACCUGAGCUGGGACUCGAGGACCUAAGUAUGCUCAACCUUAGCCAUCCAGACACUCUCCCAACAGUGAAGACUAUCUGGAAGACCUUCCUGCCCUGGUUCCACAGCAAGGUGGUCCAUAUCGGCGCGGAUGAAUACAACAGCAGUCUGGUGGCAGACUACACUCAAUUCGUGAACGACAUGAACACAUUUAUCAUGCAUGAGACGGGCGGUCGCAAGUCGAUGCGCAUCUGGGGAACAUUUACCCCGAAGGAAGGUGCGAACGUUUCAAAAUCCAUCUCCUACCAACACUGGGCAAACUAUGACGACCACCCGUACUGGGACUACAUCCAGAACGGAUACAACGUGCUCAACUCGGACAAUUACCUCUACCUCGUCGGCGGCUGGUCUGCAUCCUACCCGCAGGAAUUAGAGCUUUCCAGGAUCUUCCAGGGACCAUACGGCUCGGGUUAUUCUCCGGUGAUCAUGGACAGCUCAUCUAUCGGCGAUAACCCCCCUCGUAACAACAAGCACGUUCUUGGCCAAGUGGCCGCGCUGUGGAACGACUAUGGGCCUAACUCCACUACUGUGCUGCAGGCCUACUACUCCUGGCGCAAUGCGCUUCCUGCCCUAGCAGACAAGCAAUGGGGCGGCAACAUCACGGAGGAAGAGUACCACUCCGUCUUCGACGCGCUGCACGCCGUGGUACCCGCACAGAACCUAGAUCGCAGCAUUCCUAGCGAGUCCGAUACGAUCUUGCAGUAUAUAUUCGACGGUAGUUCGGACUCGACUGUCACUGAUCACUCGGGUAAUGAGUAUCACGGCAGGGUCCAUGGGUGUAAGAUCGCAGACAAGAGUCUCCAUCUCGCGGAUGGUUGCUACUUGGAGACACCGCUAGGCAGCAAAGGACGCGACUAUACGCUCUCAUUUCGGGUGAAGCCUACGUCGCAGAUGCCAGGUACUCUAUUCGAGGGUCCUGACUCGAUAUUUGUGAAUGGUAACGGCACUAUCUCGAAUGCUACCUUGAUCAGCGGUGGAAACCCAUAUUCGCUCAAUUACAGCCUGCCAUUGAACACCUGGACCGACGUUAGUCUGGUGGGCGAAGGCAAUACCACGAGGUUGACGGUCGGAAAGGGGUCUGAGGCGAAGACAAUGGAGUUUUUGACGAAGAUUGGCAACUAUGGAGAGUACUUCGAGUGGGCGCCCAUUGCCGUCGAGGCGCCGCUGACUCGGGUGGGCGAAGGGUUCACCGGGUUGAUGCAGAACAUCGUUCUAAAGGGGAGUGCAUACUGA